AUGGCAGAAAUGAUAACUCAGACAUCUCCCUGCAUUGAAGCAGAGAUAUCGGGUCAUGUGAAAGUGGUUGGAGUACAAGCUAUUGGCAAAGAUGUCACUGUUAAGCUAUUGAUCAGAAACCUGACAACCAAGUGCAAGGUUAUCACUGCUGACAUCAAGGUAUGUUCCAUCCUGUAUACAAAAAAGGAGAUCAAUGAACUGCACAAGGAGACCAGGAAAAUACGACUUCGAGGUUGUGAAGAGAAAGAAGAACCAUUGACCAUAACCUACGCCCAGUAUGAUGGCCUCUUAACUGCAGAUAAUACCAUAGAGGUGACAGUUGUCUACUCGUAUGAACCAGUUGAAGGGACACUCAUAAUCCAAACCAACGUUGUCCUGGAUAAUCCAAAAUUUGAAAUUAAGGUGAAAGGACCAAUCCAAAUGAAUAAGCCUGCUAAGGCUGUAGUAGUAUUCACCAACCCCCUGAACCAAGUUGUAUCUGAUAUAGUGGUGACAGCAGAAGGCAGCGGUCUUCUUCAUGAUCCGAUCACAGUCAAAGGCGGGUCUGUGAAACCCAACGAGACCAUAAAGAUUCCUCUAACAAUCAUGCCAUAUAAAGCUGGUCAAAGACAUUUAUUAGUUGAUGUAACAACUAACAAGUUCCAGAAUGCUAAAGGAUAUACAGAGGUGGAAGUCCAAAAGCCAGUCGAAAAGAAUUCAACAUCAGAAUCAGCAUCAGCAGCAGCACCAUCAGUUUGA